AUGUUCUUUGUGAAGGGGGUCAAAACAGCACGAGUCACACAACAAAGGGUAAUUUAUAAGACAUUACGGGGAAAUGAGCUAAAGGACAAAAAAAGGACAGAAACGGCGCUAAAGGCCGGGGAGGACAGAGCCAUUCUGUUGGGUUUGGGAAUGGUGUUCAGCUCAGUCAUGAUGUACUUUGUGAUCUGUAUCACCAUGGUGCGUGCUUAUGCAGAAAGUGUAUUGACCGACGAGACCACCUGCACUGUGCUAAACUCCACACUAACAAAGGAUAUCAAUUGUUCAUACAACUGUGGCUCUGACUGCUGGCGGAGCUCUAAGUUCCCCUGUCUGCAGGUCUAUGUCAGCCUGAACGCCACCGGCCGCAUUGGGCUUCUUUCUCACAGUGAGGAGAUGCUGGACAUCAGCUCUGAGUGUUUUUAUGUGCCAAAAUGCCAGAAGGACCACACCGCCCUGCAUGUUAUGAUCCAGAAUAUUUCAGAGCAUCUGAGGAUGCACCAGCAGGUGACAUGUUACCAUGACUCUAACGAGCAUCAGGGCAGUAUCCUUCUGAACCGUCUGUAUGGCAGCAGCGCGCUCUUCCACUCUCUCUUCUGGCCCUCCUGCAUGUUAUCUGGAGGAACCCUCAUCAUACUCAUGGUCAAGCUCACUCAAUACCUUUCCAUACUGUGUGAACAAAUUGGCAGAACUCCAAAGUGA